GAUAUAGAAUCUGAGUCAUUUGGAACCUUCCUGUGUAAAAUGCUUAGAUGUCCUGAUAUAGAAAAAGGAAGCAUGGAAACAGUUGAAGUGUUUGAUUCAGAAGGCAAAGGCAGGGGGCUGAAAGCAACAAAAGAAUUUUGGGCUGGAGAUGUAAUUUUUGCAGAGCGAGCCUAUGCUGCAGUGGUAUUUGACAGCCUUAUGCACCUUGUCUGCCAUACUUGCUUCAAGAGGCAUGAGAAACUCCAUCGUUGUGGCCAGUGCAAGUUUGCACACUACUGUGAUCGCACCUGCCAGAAGGAUGCCUGGCUGAAUCACAAAAGUGAAUGUUCUGCAAUAAAAAAGCGUGGAGCAGCCCCAAAUGAAAACAUCAGAUUGGCUGCCCGAAUCCUGUGGAGAAUUGAAAGAGAAGGAGGAGGCCUUACUGAGGGGUGUCUGGUUUCCAUUGACAGCCUGCAAAACCAUGUAGAACAUUUUGGGGAGGAGGAAAAGAAGGAGCUGCGGAUGGAUCUGGAGAGCUUCCUGGAGUUCUGGCCACCUGAGAGCAAACAGUUUGGCAUGCAAUACAUCUCCCACAUAUUGGGUGUGAUCAAUUGCAAUGGUUUCACCCUGAGUGACCAAAGGGGACUUCAGGCAGUUGGUGUAGGCAUUUUCCCCAAUCUUUGCUUGGUGAAUCAUGAUUGUUGGCCCAAUUGUACUGUCAUCUUUAACAAUGGCAAGAUAGAGCUACGUGUAUUGAGUAAGAUCUCUGUAGGAGAAGAGCUGACUGUUUCCUAUAUAGACUUUCUCAAUGUCAGUGAAGACAGAAAGCAGCAACUGAAAAAACAGUAUUAUUUUGACUGUACCUGUGAGCAUUGCCAGAAAGGAAUCAAAGAUGACCUGAUGUUGGCUUUGAAAGAAGGGAAUGAAAAGGCAUCUCAAGAAAUGAUGAAAGAGGUCAUUCAGUUUUCUAAGGAAACCAUGAAAAAAGUUGAUAUAGCUCGUUCUGAUGGGAUAUACCAUGAAGUGGUGAAAUUGUGCCGAGAGUGUCUAACAAGGCAGGAACCAGUGCUGGGAGAAACCAAUAUUUAUCUGCUGCGAAUUCUUAGCAUCUUGUCUGAAGUUCUCUCUUACCUCCAGCUCUUCGAUGAGGCUUCUGGCUAUUCGAAACAGAUGGUGGAUGGUUACCUAAAGCUUUACCAUCCCAAAAAUGCCCAACUUGGGAUGGCACUCAUGAGAAGUGGAGUCACCCACUGGCAUGCUGGGCUUAUUGAAGCAGGCCAUGGGAUGCUUUGCAAAGCUUAUGCUAUUCUUUUGGUGACACAUGGACCCACUCAUCCAAUUACCAAAGAUUUGGAAGCCAUGCGUAUUCAAUCUGAGAUGGAGCUACGCAUGUUUCAACAAAAUGAAUUUAUGUAUUACAAGAUGAGAGAGGCAGCUCUGAAGAACCAAAAGAUCCAGAUCAUGCCUGAGCCCACCAAUGAGGCUUCAGUUGGCCUCUUUCAGAAGAAGCAAUAAUAAGCUCCUUUGCUGAUUUGAAUAUGUACCCCCAUAUUCCUGCAGCUACUGCACCAUCAGCAUUUCUUCUGCUAAGAGAAAGACUGAUAUGUGAAGGGGGAAAAUAUUUUAUCCUGAAUGUUGGCUUCCAAAGGACAAAUGUAGUUGGAAAAAUGUCAUAUAUUUUAUCAUAUUGAUUUAGAUAUGUUCACACAAUGCAUCUUCACAAUUAUUAAUAAAACUGUUGCAGUAAUGUGUAUCUUUAACACAAUUCAUUUAGGGUUGGUACAUACAUACAAAAAUGUCAUUUUGUUCUGUUUUCUAUAUUUCUUUUGAAAGUAGGAUUGUUGAAAUAAUGUGAUGAAGAAAAAAUUGCAUACAGAAAGUUAAGGUACACUGUUCCCUCCAUAAAUUAGUUGAAAACUUCCUAUAGACUGGGUUUUAGCUGUCAAAAUUUUAUUAUUAGCUUUUCAUACGGUUCUUAGUGAUCCUUCCUUCCUUGGUAUGACUUGAAAUAAUGAGGAUUGCAUGGAUUAAGGGCAUGCAAAGAUUAGAAACUGAUCCUUAGCUCAGGAGAAUGCCUCCUCUCAAUCUUGAGGCAAAAUUAUCAGAAGGAAUCUGAUUUUUCUUUCCUCAGUCUGGGGGAAUAGAUCAUCAUGAUUUCUUUCCAAUUUUACACCACGAAUCAGCAAAUAUUACACUCCAUUACUUAGAAUGAGAAGAACAAAUACUAUCAGGCUAUCGUUUUUUUUUCAAAAAGAUCAGUGAUAUGAAAUUUGGGGGAACAAAAACAGAGAGAAGGUUUUAAGGAUUUGUAGUCAAGUUUAAUUGACUACAAAUCAAUUUAGAGGUUUAAAUAAACUAAAAAGGGCAGUCAAGAAAGAAGGGGAAGCAGAAGAUGAAUGGUGAAAAUCCAUGUGGGAGAGGAUUUUGCACAGAGACAAAAUGAGUUAGACAUUUUCAUUACAGCUAUAGGUAACAAUGGAUGAAUAUACUUUUACUGGAAUUAUACAAUUAUACAAUGCUUAAAUUUAGAGUUCCUACAGCACGGUUCUUGCUCCUAACUCAGUGUGAACCAUAGUGCUUUCCAUUCCAUAUUUUAGAUUAAGAGUUUUGUGUACAUGAAAUUAUGACCAAAUUAUUAAAUGUCUUGAUCUUAAUAGGCAAAAUGUACACAGUACAUCUGUACUGUUUUGGCAAAUAGGAAAACAAUUGCAUAAUAUAGUUAUUUCAACUCAUUUUAUUAGCAAGCAUGUGCAAGAGGUAUAUGAAUGAACAUGCACACACAUACACACAAAUGUUGGAAUUCUUGCGUGACUUAAGACAUAAGAUUGGCAUUCUUUUGAAGAACUCUUCCUAUCACAAAAUGGAUAUUCAGGGUUUUUUGUAAUAAUGAAUGAACCUGGUAGCAGCAGUAAAACUUUAAUAAUGAAAUCAGCUAAAGAAGUUAAUAUAUAAAAGAAAUCUCUCUAAAGAAGUCUCCCUAAAGAGCAAAGGUUUAGGAGAAGUUAUGAAUUGUUUCAUGCAACUGUCAUAAAAGCAUUUGGGAAUAAUAUUUUUCAUGACAUUUUUUUUGCUUCCUUUUGUACAUACCCAGGAAGAUAUAGACAGAGGCAUGUCUUAGUAUCAAAAUGGAGUGAAAAUAAAACUUCACAACAUAUUAGGUGUUAUGGGGACUGGUAGAAGGUUAAAGGGAGCAAAGAUCUAAGGAAUAUACAGUACAUUCAGAAAGUAUACAGACCUCCUUCACUUUUAUCGAUUUUGUUAUACUGUAGCCUGAUCCUGCAGUUGUUGAAAUUCAUUUUGUUUUCAUUAAUCUACACUCAGUACCUCAUAAUGACAAAGUGAAAACAGAAUU